GUGCCGCUCGCUGGAUGAAGGCGCCCUGCCCCGAGCGAGGCACGGGAGACGGCGCGGGGGGGGAAAGGGAGGAGCAGGGAUCCUGUCAAGUUGAGUUUGGUACCAAGCGGCAGCCGGGCUACGGGAUUCGGGGAGGAGAUGGAGAAGGAUGAGAUCCACCUGCGCAGGCUGCCGCCCGCCGCGCCCUGGGGACCGCACGCAGACCACAGUGAGUUUCAUGGGGUGGAUUUUCUGCCAGAAGAUCUCAGCAAGGCUCCAGAGGAGUCAGGAAUGAGGAUGAGCAAGAAGUACUCCUGUCUACCUGCUGAGGAGAAGGGCAUCCACAUCAUCAACAUCCGAGCUAUUGAGGAUAUAGGAUAUGACCAGCACGAGAGUACAUUAUUAAAUUCCCUAUCCAAAAAUCCAGAUGCUGACUGCAAAUAUGGACUCUACUUCAGAGAUGGCAAGAGGAAAGUAGACUACAUCCUAGUUUACCAUUACAAGAAGUCCUCGUCAGCGAAGACGCUCGGCAGGAAAGUUCAUCACAAUGAUUCCGGUGUCCGAAGCACCAAGCAGGACCAGCCCCUUCCUGGGAAAGGAGUGCAGCUGGAAAUGGGGGAAAGUGAGCCCCAGGUGGAUUACCAUGAAGAUGACAAGAGGUUUCGCAGGGAGGAGUACGAAGGAAACCUUGUGGAGGCUGGGCUGGAACUGGAACGCGACGAGGACACUAAAAUCCAUGGGAUUGGGUUUGUGAAAAUACACGCCCCGUGGAACGUCUUGUGUCGGGAGGCAGAGUUCCUCAAGCUCAAGAUGCCCACCAAGAAGAUGUAUCAGAUCAAUCAGACCCACGGGCUUCUGAAGAAGAUCAAUUCUGUGAUUCAGAAAAUAACGGAGCCCAUCCAGCCCAAAGUGGCAGAACACAAACCUCAGACGGUGAAGCGUCUCUCCUACCCCUUCUCCAGGGAGAAGCAGCACUUAUUUGAUUUGUCUGACAGAGAUUCCUUCUUUGACAGCAAAACCAGAAGCACCAUAGUUUAUGAAAUAUUGAAAAGAACAACGUGUACCAAAGCAAAAUACAGCAUGGGGAAAGGAGAGGGAAGAAAGAAGGAAAGUGCCCUCUUAAAUAAAAGACGAAAGUGUGGUAAAUAUGGGAUCACCAGUCUGCUUGCCAAUGGAGUUUACAGUGCUGCUUAUCCUUUGCAUGAUGGUGACUAUGAAGGUGAAAACGUGGAGCCCAAUGACAGGAAACUGCUGUGUGAGGAGUGGGCAAGCUAUGGAGUCUUCUACAAGUACCAACCAAUUGACCUGGUGAGAAAAUAUUUUGGAGAGAAGAUUGGACUCUAUUUUGCCUGGCUGGGAGUUUAUACACAAAUGCUCAUUCCAGCUUCAGUUGUAGGGAUCAUCGUUUUCCUGUACGGCUGUGCAACUGUGGAUGAGAAUAUCCCAAGUAUGGAAAUGUGUGACGAGAGAAACAACAUCACCAUGUGCCCCUUGUGCGACAGGACGUGCAGCUACUGGAAGAUGAGCUCUGCUUGUGCCACUGCUCGGGCAAGUCACCUGUUUGAUAACCCUGCAACUGUCUUCUUCUCAGUCUUCAUGGCUCUCUGGGCUGCCACCUUCAUGGAGCACUGGAAGAGAAAACAGAUGCGUCUCAACUACAGGUGGGACCUGACUGGGUUUGAAGAGGAGGAGGAGGCAGUCAAGGACCACCCGAGAGCAGAAUAUGAAGCUAAAGUUUUAAAAAAGUCCCUGAGGAAAGAGCACAAACAGAAGGAGAAGCACCGGUAUUUCCCAGAAGAGACAGCAAACAAAUGGAGACAAAGAGUUAAGACAGUCAUGGCUGGGGUGAAAUUGACAGAUAAAGAGAAGCUGACGUGGAAGGACCGAUUUCCAGCCUAUUUAACCAAUUUUGUUGGCAUUAUCUUCAUGGUGGGGCUGACCUUUGCUAUAGUGUUUGGAGUCAUCAUCUACCGGAUCUCGACGGCGGCGGCGCUGGCCAUCAGCUCGACGCCCUCAGGCCGCUCCAGCGUCAGGGUCACCGUCACGGCCACCGCCGUCAUCAUCAACUUGGUCGUCAUCAUCAUCCUGGAUGAAGUCUAUGGCUGCAUUGCAAGGUGGCUCACACAGAUUGAGGUGCCCAAGACCGACAAGAACUUCGAGGAGCGGCUGAUCUUCAAGGCGUUCCUGCUGAAGUUCGUCAAUGCCUACACCCCCAUCUUCUACGUCGCCUUCUUCAAAGGCCGAUUUGUUGGACGUCCAGGAGACUAUGUCUACAUUUUCCAUUCCUUCCGAAUGGAAGAGUGUGCUCCAGGUGGUUGCCUAAUGGAGUUGUGUAUCCAGCUCAGUAUCAUCAUGUUGGGCAAGCAGCUGAUUCAGAACAAUCUGUUUGAGAUUGGCAUCCCGAAAAUGAAGAAAUUCUUCCGCUACCUGAAGCUGAAGCGCCGCCGCUCCCUCGACCACGAGGAGCACGUGAAGAAGAAGCAGCGCUACGAGGUGGACUACAACCUGGAGCCCUUUGCUGGACUGACCCCUGAGUACAUGGAAAUGAUUAUUCAGUUUGGGUUUGUGACCCUGUUCGUCGCCUCCUUCCCGCUGGCACCGCUCUUCGCUUUGUUGAACAACAUCAUCGAGAUCCGUCUGGACGCAAAGAAGUUUGUCACGGAGCUGAGGAGGCCGGUGGCAGUCAGAGCUAAGGACAUCGGAAUCUGGUAUAAUAUCCUCAGAGGGAUUGGGAAGCUUGCUGUCAUCAUCAAUGCAUUUGUGAUCUCAUUCACAUCCGACUUCAUUCCACGCCUCGUGUACCUGUACAUGUACAGUGAGAAUGGCACCAUGCAUGGCUUCGUCAACCAUACGCUAUCCUCUUUUAAUGUCAGCGAUUUCCAAGCAGGAACAGCUCCAAACGACCCCAUGGAUCUUGGCUACGAGGUUCAGAUAUGCAGGUACAAGGAUUACCGAGAACCCCCCUGGUCUGAGAACAAGUAUGACAUCUCCAAGGAUUUCUGGGCUGUCCUGGCAGCAAGAUUAGCAUUUGUGAUCGUUUUCCAGAACUUGGUCAUGUUUAUGAGUGACUUUGUGGACUGGAUUAUCCCAGACAUUCCCAAGGACAUUAGUCAGCAGAUUCAUAAAGAGAAAGUUCUCAUGGUGGAGGUCUUCAUGAGAGAAGAGCAAGGGAAGCUGCAAAUGCUAGAAAGCUGGAAAGACAAGGAGAAGGCUGAAAACUGUAACAACCACAGCCCCAGGCUCCCCAGGAGCCGCAGCGGGAGCUUGUCCUCCUGCCACUCCUACCCCCUCGAGGUGUAGCAGAGGAGGCGUUGGGGAUCCAGGGGCAUUCCACUGACCACAAGCCAUCACGGAAAGGGCAGGACUCGACUGAUGGACAGCCUGGUGCAUGCUGAAGGAUGUGCUGCCACUUUGCUCCCAUCUUUGUGAGAGAGGCUCUUCUUACAGAGGUGGAGGACCACCUUCUCCUGACAGUGUCCUUUUCCUUUUGCACAAGCAGCAAUGCAGGGGAGUUUUCUAUUGCAUCGCUAGGUAACACUGCUGCCGACGGUGUGCAUUAACUGCAGGUACUUAGGACCUCUUGAUUCAGAGAUUCUCUGAGAACUUGACCUUAGCCUAUUCAUUGACUAAAUAAAGGUAAAUUUUAACUACUACUAAUUUUAACUGUUUGGAAGCCCAUGCGUGAAGGUCCGUGGGGGAGCCAGA